GGGCAGACUAUAAAAAUCACUGGUUGCUCAGAGGGAGGAAAAAAAAACCCAACCAACCCCUGUCACAUACAGUACGGUGGUAUGACCGUUUGAAAAUUAUUAGCAGAACAGUUAAGACGUAACCUGCUGGAGCGCACCUGGAUUGAUCCCUCUGAACACGGCUAGGGGCACAAUGGGAUCUCUGGAUAAUGACAUUAAUCAGGAUUUUCAGGAUGCCAUUGAUGUGAUGCAGCGACACUCAGAAAUAUUCUACUAUGAUACAGACAGUAAAUACAUCGAGAACAUCAGAAGUCAUGAUUCCUCUGUGCAAUACUCGGUGUCUUGUUACCGCUACAUGCCUCACUCUGUAGGAUCGUCCGCGGCCUACGACUGGCACGAAGCAUCAUCAUGGUCUCAUAUGGUGCCAGAGGCGUCUCCGUGGGGAACACCUGAACCUCCAGCGCUUUACCCAAUACCACCCGAACGGCUCCGAAAAGGCCGUAAGAAGCUGCGUCUGUACGAAUACCUUCACGAAGCGCUGCACGAUGUCCACAUGGUCGACUCCAUCCAGUGGACGGACCGUGGCACUGGGACGUUCCACUUCAUCUCCAAAAACAAAGAAAAGCUGGCUGAGUGUUGGGGCCAGCGCAAGGGCAACCGCAAAGCCAUGACCUACCAGAAAAUGGCCCGGGCGCUACGCAACUACAGCCGCACGGGGGAGAUCGUCAAAGUGCGCCGCAAGCUCACCUACCAGUUUAACCCGGUGAUCCUGCAGAGACUGGAGACCGUGACCACAUCAGGUCCGUCACCACUAGAGUUUGUUCCUCACCAUCAAAUCCCUGCUGAACCGAACUACUACUGCCCCCCUGUAGCUGACUGGCACAACUGGUACUCACAGUGCCCGUUCCCUGCAGAGUACGACUUCACUUCUGCACUAACGUCAGCAGAAGGCCUGAAAACACAUGAUCCGUCUCAGUGAUGGGAGAAGUGUGAGACGUUCCCUGACAGCGCCCUGACCCGUAAACUCCCACAGGGCAUUAAUAAAACUGACUGAAACAUGUUAUAAUGCUGAGUAGCACAGGGACGUACACACAGAACAUGAACAGAGGCUGAUGAUGUGUAAAAGUAGUCCUUACUCUUCGCUAACGUGUGCCUGCUUACAUUCCUAUACACUGUAUUUCACUGAAAACUUGUACUCGGUGGGGAAAAAGAAUCCCUGAAGUAAAUAUCAGUGUACGAUGAACAUGAGCGUGAAUAUGUUUUCUGUCACUGUUUCAAACUUUCAAAAUAAAACUGUGUCUAAUUUCCA